GGUUGGGCAGUCGCCUCUGUUGCAAGAGGGCAGGCAGGUGGUAUCGGAUCGAGCGCGAUGCUGCAGCAGAAGGCGCCGCCGACGAUCGACGACUCGGUCAAUACGUGCCAGAGCUCGGUGUUCCUGCUGCUGCUAGCGGUGCAGAUCGGGGUGCAGCCCGUCUUGAUGGCGUGGUACGCCGCCGAGGCGACGAACGUCCCGCUGCGCAUCGUCGUCAUCAACGUCAUGAAACUUGGCCUCGCGCUCGGGCCGCUUGUCGCCAGUGGGCGCUGCCGGCAUGAGCUCUCUCAGUGGUCUGCGGCGAUUGCGCUGCGCACGACAGUGCUGCCCGCCUGCAUCUAUGUCGUACAAGACUACCUCAACCAGACGGCCGUCCUCUUGCUCGACGGUGUGACGUACAACGUCCUCAACCAGACCAAGAUCAUCUGGACCGCGCUCUUUGUGUACUACAUGCUCGGGAAGCGACAGUCUCAUAUUCAGCUCGGCGCGCUCGUCCUCCUUGUCGCCUCGGCUGUGCUCAUCGCGGUCGGCGGCCACUCGGCCAAUGCCGUCGUCGCCGACGAGCUGGCGCGCGUCACCGGCAUGACGCGUGCCUGCAUUGCCGCCGUGCUCUCGGCGCUCGCUGGCACGAUCAUUCAAAAGGCGCUACAGCGCGAGGCGCGUGACGCGUACGUCGUCACGAUCGAGUUGGCGGGCAUUAGCAUCUUUUCCAACGCCUGGCCCGUCUUGCUCGGCGCGUCGGCGGAGAGCGCGUCACCGCUCUGGAAGGGCUGGACGAGUCUGACAGUGCUGACACUCUUUGUACAAGCGUGCGGCGGCGUCCUUGUCGGCUUUGUGAUCAAGCACUCGGGCAACAUCAAGAAGAGCUUUGCGGUCGUGCUCGGUUUGCUCUUGACCGCCGUGCUUGAGAGUGUUUGGAACGGCAAGGCGUUCGGGACACCGGGGUACGCUGCCUCGGUCUGCGUCAUGCUCAGCACGCACCUGUACACAAAGUAUCCGCCAAGCGCAUCGCGCCAUGUCAAGCCGGGGCACGAGAGCGCCACCAAGAGCGAUGAUGACGACGACGAGACACGGGGCGACGAUGCCAGCGCCAAGAUGGAGCUCUUGCGGCCACGCGGCAGCCAUCACCGCCAGGUCGCGACCGAAGGCGACGCGGUGGCGCAAGCCCUCGAGGCCGGUGAGCUCGAUGCAUUGUCAGCGCCAAAGGCGUAGCCGCACUGUAACAUAGCAUGGUUCUGGAUAGACGAGGAGUAGGUGAACGGACGCUAACAAAGUUAUAUAGCGUCUCUAUCGGAUA